AUGAUACCAUCCAAGAAACGGCUCUUCACCAACAUCCAUAAUAAGGCUAUCGAACAAGAACUAUCAAAAGAGCCCUGGUACGCCCUGAAGCCAGAGGAGAUUGUUGUCCAAGUUGAAGACAUGUGCGACAACCUCGCAGCUUCACUUGCCAAGUACGCACCCAUCGAUCAACGAUAUCAGGAAGCGGUCGAUGCUGCAAACGCGAAAAGAAAGUUACCCGAGAUCACGCAAUUCAACGUAGCAGUAGUCGGAGAACAGGGUAUCGGCAAGAGCAGUGUCAUCAACGCCUUGCUCGAUCGAGGGCUGUUGGAUCGAUCUGGCUCUUCCAGGGCGUGUACUGCGUAUGCAACCAUUCUUGAAUACAAGAAAGGUGCGCCUGAUGAGACCGACCUGAGCGACGUAAGCGUCCAAUUUUUUUCUGAAACAGAGGUUCGACAUUGCAUCAACGAACAGGUUGAUCGUUGGAUCGAAGUACAUCCCGGCCCCCAAGAGGCUGGUUGGUCUUCGCUUUGCCAAGACGACGAUGACGAAGACUUCGAUCAAGACAACUCAGGCGAAGACACCACAUUCCAUUCGCGAACAAGAGAUAUCUCGGAAGAGGCCUCUCGAGCCGCUGACACUGCCGAAGAGUUCUUCCAAAUCAUCUUCAAUGUUCAAGAACAUGUCGAAUGCGGAGAGUGGCUGAAAAACGAGCUUUAUCAUACUAAUAUCAAUGAACGGGGGUUUUCCGCUCUCUGUUUUGAUGCGGCAAGACGAAUGUUUCAGGAUAUGGCGAGGAAGAAGCAAGAAGUAAGUCUUGAGAGAAGGAAAGCUCAUUUCACAAACGUUCCGGACAAAACACUUUGGGAACAAACCGCUGCCAUCAAGAGGCUAUGGCCGUUCGUGAAGGCUGUCACAAUUGCGACUGGGCAUAUACUCCUGCGCAAUGGUCUGCGUCUCUUCGAUAUUCCAGGGUAUGGCGAUACGAGCCAGCUUCGCGAAGCAGUCAUCAACCACUUCCGGCGGCACGCCGACUUUGAAAUGAUAAUCGCCCCAUUCUCGCGCGUACAGACCAGUGUCUUGCAGGAGCGAUACAUCAAUCUGUCAGUUCACCUAAAAGGUGCUGAAAAAACCAUACUGGUAAUGAACAAGUCUGAUGACAACAUUGUUACGCUAAUUCGCCACAUUAAAGCGGAUCCAUUUCCGUCGAUUUACGCUCGCUUGGUAUCGCUUGAAAUCCAACAGGAACAGGGUACCUUGGAUCCAAUCUCUAUUUUAAAUUAUAUGGAUCAAUUACUUGAUGAAGCCACUAUCGCAUACACCAAAUACGAAACAGAAAGUGUUCAGAAGAAGAUGCAGUCGAAAGGUGUCAAGGUUUUCUCGGUUUCUGCACUGUCAUAUACAACAUCUCGGAAUGCCCUUAGGAAAGGGAACGGAGUGCUUGACCAAAAGACAGCAGGUAUUCCAGAAUUGAGAGUAUUUUUGGCGAAGCUACCAGGCACAUCUAACUAUAAGAAUUACCACGAUCAUGUCUUCGAAAUAUUGCCAGAUUUGCGAAACGAAGCUGCACGACCGUUGGAGACGCAUCCGGAAGACGCUACGUAUGCAGCAAUGCGAAGCGAGCUCGUGCUACAAAUCCCAAAAGUCCAAUUUGAGCUUGAAAGCGUAGUACAACGUGGGUUGGAUGAUUCUACGGAGAGGCCUUGGGCUGAUAACGAAGCGCAAGACAUCGCCAAGCACAUGGAAGAGUGGAUCAAGAAGAUGUGGGUGCAUCCACUCAUCUAUCAUUCAGGGUUUGCAAAGAUGCUCCGCGAGAAUGGCAUUCCUGUGAACGGCAAGUAUUAUGGUCAUAACCUCAACCGCGAUCUCCUCCGCGCCAUGAAGAAAUAUUACCAUAGGUGGUACAACAACAUGUCGCCUAAAACCAGCAACUUCGCACAGGCCAUGUCCACGUCAGUCCAAAAUCGCUUGCACAAGACACUGUCAGCGAUCAACCGCUCUUCUUCACGUGGAGGACUCAAGAAGAAAGCUUCUGAAGAGCUUUCACGCGUUCGACAGCGCAUCAAAAAGGCCUAUGAUACUCUGGUCGCGAGUCUGCAUUCUUCCCUUGCCGAGACUCGUCUACGCUUCGCAACCGAGAUUGACAUCAAAUGCCCUAUCGCAAUGGCAAUGAAGGCAUGGUACGAGCGGGCACUGGAUCCUGGGAUAGUCUGUUCUGGCAACGGAACAUAUCGCAGGCGACGCAACGUCCUGUGCGCAUCCAUCACCAAUCCAGUCGGCACCGAUCCUCAGCCCCUUCUCGAAAAGAUGGGAAAGCAGAUUCAGACGAAGCUGCGAGAGCGCUGGAAGAUGGACUACAAUGCUUUCAUCUCCGAAGCCAUGAAACUCCUCAACGGCUUCUCGCGUACUACUGAGCAACUCCUUAGGAACCCGCAGUACAUGACUUUCAGGCACAAACAGGCCCGAACUCAGCUGAAGAAGCUACUGGCCGACUUUGAUAUCAGGCUGAAGCACAUUCAGAACCGCUUCAUGAAGACAGAGGAGGAGCAUGCUGUAAAGAAGAGCAAGUGA